CCGAUCCUUCGCUCUGAAAUGGGAUUGGUUGAAGCAGUCUGCUGGACUCAAAUUACCCCUUGCUAAAUGUAAAUCCUUUCGCGACUCAUAGGACUGAGCAAAUUCACUAACUGCAGGGAGGGGGAAGCCAUGUUCCGACUCCUCAGACACCUGCAGGGUAGGGGCACGCCGAGCUGCCUGUGUGGCCAGAGACGCUAUGAGCACCACAAGAGUGUCAUGGCUAUCAGGCGGGAGGACAUUAACGUUUGGGAGAGACGGGCACCCCUCGCGCCGCGACACAUCAGAGAGAUUACUGCCGCUGGACACAAGGUCCUGGUCCAGCCAUCCAACAGAAGAGCUAUACACGAGAAGUAUUAUGAGAAAGUAGGUGCCAUCAUUGAGGAGGAUAUUUCUGAGGCCUCGCUCGUCAUUGGUGUCAAGAGGCCUCCUGAAUCCAAGAUCUUUCCCAGGAAAACCUAUGCUUUCUUCUCUCACACUAUAAAAGCACAAGAGGCUAAUAUGGGGCUGCUUGAUGACAUGCUCAAAAAGGAAGCGCGGCUUAUCGACUACGAGAAGAUGGUGGAUGCAAAUGGGUUUCGCAUAGUGGCGUUUGGCCAGUGGGCUGGUGUGGCAGGAAUGAUUAAUAUUUUGCAUGGCUUGGGGCUACGUUAUCUGGCACUUGGUCACCACACCCCGUUCAUGCACAUCGGCAUGGCCCACAACUAUAGGAAUGUGAGCCAGGCCAUCCAAGCAGUGAGGGAUUGUGGGUAUGAGAUCUCUAUGGGCCUCAUGCCCAAGUCGAUUGGCCCGGUGACAUUUGUGUUCACCGGCACAGGCAACGUCUCUAAGGGAGCACAGGAUAUCAUUAAUGAGCUACCCUGUGAAUUUGUGGAGCCCCACGAGCUACAAGAAGUCUCUCAAAAUGGAGACAUGAGCCGAGUGUACGCCACGGUCCUGAGUCGACACCACCACCUGAUGAGGAAAAGCGAUGGGGUCUACGACCCUCUGGAGUACGAGGCCCACCCGGAACUCUAUACCUCUCAUUUCAGGACCAGCGUGGCUCCCUACACCACAUGCCUCAUCAACGGGAUCUACUGGGACCCUCAAACUCCCAGACUCCUGCGGAGGUUGGACGCCCAGAAGCUGCUGAGGCCCAUUAAACCCUCAGCUGCUGCUACUGAAGGAUGGCCUGAGCUUCCCCACAAACUCCUGGCUAUCUGUGACAUAUCUGCCGACGCAGGGGGCUCUAUACAGUUCAUGACUGAGUGCACCUCCAUCGAUAAGCCUUUCUGUAUGUAUGAUGCCGACCAGCACAUUGAUCAUGACAGUGUGGAGGGCAAUGGGAUCCUCAUGUGUUCCAUUGAUAAUCUGCCUGCCCAGCUCCCUAUUGAGGCUACAGAGUAUUUCGGAGACCGCCUCUUCCCUUACAUUUGGGAGAUGCUCCCGUCAGACGCUACCAGGCCACUAGAGGAGGAGGACUUCUCUCCUCAAGUCAGAGACGCUGUCAUUAUUUCGAAUGGGAAACUUACCCCAAAGUUUGAAUACAUUGAAAAACUUCGGGAAAGAAGAUCACGUGAAAGGGAACAAGCCCAGAUCAUGAAGAAGACUGGAAUGAAGCGUGUGCUGCUGCUUGGCUCAGGCUAUGUGUCAGGCCCGGUCAUUGAGUACCUGACCCGUGACCCCGGAACACAAGUGACUGUUGCAUCUGUGUUGCUGCAUCAAGCGGAAGAGCUGGCAGGCAAAUAUCCUAACACCAUUCCCGUCAUGCUGGAUGUUACCAGUCAAGAGGGACAUCUGGCGUCUCUUAUCAAGGAGCAUGACUUGGUCAUCAGCUUGCUACCUUAUGGGUACCACCCAGUGGUAGCCAAGCAGUGCAUCAAGACCAAAGUCAACAUGGUGACAGCCAGCUACCUCAGUCCUGCCAUGAAGGACCUUCAGCAGAGUGCGGAGGAAGCGGGCAUCACCAUUGUGAAUGAGAUGGGUCUGGACCCUGGCAUUGACCACAUGUUGGCCAUGGAGUGUAUCGACCAAGCCAAGGCUGACGGCUGCACUGUGGAAUCCUACAGUUCUUUCUGUGGUGGGUUGCCAGCCCCAGAGUGCUCAGACAACCCCCUGCGCUACAAGUUCAGCUGGAGCCCUUAUGGAGUCCUCCUCAACACCAUCAGCCCAGCCAUCUUUCUGAAGGACAACGAGGUCAUGAGUAUCCCUGCGGGAGGAACUCUGAUGGACUCCACCUCUCCCAUGGAGUUUCUGCCUGGCUUCAACCUGGAGGGCUUUCCCAACCGAGACAGCACCAAGUACGCUGAACCCUACGGCAUCGAGUCAGCACACACUCUCAUCAGAGGAACACUCCGCUUUAAGGGUUUUUCCAAGGCAAUGAGUGGCUUUGUUAGGCUGGGCUUGAUCAAUACUGAGCCGUGCUCAAUGCUGCACCACACUUCACCUCCAGUCUCCUGGAAAGAGCUCCUUUGCAAGCUGAUUGGUCUGUCUCCUGCCAUCUCCAACGAGGCCUUUGAGGAAGCCAUCUACGAGCACAUUGGCAAGGACGAUUUCAGGAUGGAGACCCUCAAAUGGUUUGGGAUGCUAUCCGAAGACAUCGUUCCCCAGGCGGAGACCGUGCUGGCUGCCCUGGCAAAACACCUAGAGGCCCGUCUCUCCUUCAAGAAAGAUGAGCGGGACAUGAUCAUCAUGAGGAACGACGUCGGUUUGCGCCACCCCACCGGCGAGCUGGAGACGAAGCACAUCAGCCUGGUGGUGUAUGGAGAUCCCAAUGGCUAUUCCGCCAUGGCCAAGACUGUGGGCUACCCGGCUGCCAUUGCCGCACGCAUGGUGCUGGAUGGUGAAAUUAGUAAGAAAGGAUUGGUGGUGCCAAUGACCAAGGACAUCUACGGGCCGGCGCUGAAGAGGCUUCAGGAUGAAGGCUUGCUGUUCAGCUCCAAGAGCACAAUCCAGGAGUAGUAGUAGGUUCAGGUGACUUCAUGUUUCUGUGAUCGUCUAAGCACACAAAAAUGCUCCUUUCAUCGGCUCAGAAUGUAAAGUACUCGACAGGCGUUUUAGUUGUUUAUCUGCCCUGCGGUUAGAGAAGGGUUUUUUGCACGGGUCAUCGGACCCGGGGCAAAUACUGUAAGACAUUUGAGUGUACUUGAUUACCCGUACGCUCAAAUGUUAAUGCAAAUCAAACUUCUCCAAUUACUUUCAAGGAACUGAUCCAUGUGAUUGAGCCAAGCCUUAUGGCCACACACCAACCAUACAUGGAGAGACAGGACAGACAUGGGGUCAUUUACUUACAGUAAUUGAAAAACAAUAACUAGUAUUUGGAUGCAUAGUCCCUGCUAGUUUGUGGUUCAUCACAUAAGAACUCAACAAUUCAAAUACAAUGCCUCUUCACAAGAGUGAAAAAGUAACUUUUACUGCUGGAGACAAUGUUUUGAAAACAUUCAACCAUACUAUACCCCUGACCCACAGUAUAGAUAUGUUGCAAUAAGUCAGAUGUUGAUAUUAUAUAUACAUCCACAGUCCAGUGUAAAAUGUGAUGAAUACUUAUUUGACCAUGCCCCAUCCCCGUACUAUUUAGACGUGUUAAACCCUUUGCUAACCAUUUUUGGAAUCUAAAAGAUGGGGAACAAGCCAUUAGAUCACAACUUGGAACAAAUGGUGCCUAUACAAGUGACAUACCACUUAAUUUACUGUAGAGUUAACAGAAUCUGGAGGAACUCUUUAAGCUGUGGAAAUCUAGAGCCCCUGUACAGUGUUUAUGGUAUGACCUAUGUUUUUCUUUUUUUAUACACUGACUCAACUUAACACACUAGAUUUCUGUCCCACAAAUCUUAUCAGUGAAGAGAGUCCACCAAACUACUGUAUUUUGUGUACAACUCUUACAAAAAUAGCAUCCAGAUGUAUUUAAGAGCAAAAGCUGCUAUUUAUAUAGACUCUUAGACUACAAACUAAAUGGCUCAAAAUAUUUUGAAAAAUGUUAUUGUAUUUAUUUUCUAGGUUAGAAAAUUGUCAUAAAUUGAAACCCCACAAGUUAAUUUCCCUUCAUUAGUAAAUUGUGAUCUGGGUGCUUACAGUAUAUGUAAAAAUAGUGGAAGACUACUUUGAAAAUACAUAUAAUUUGUUUUAACAGACCAAAUUGUAGUAUGGCUUUUUUUUCUUUUAAGGACUGAGCUUUUGUUGAGCUUUUUUGUAUUUCUUAUAAACUGAAAUCAAAAAUUGUCCUACAAA